AUGCGACCAACAACUGAUGAUGAUCCUUACGCGCACGUAGCGAAAGGACCAUUAAAACUAAAAAAUGAUCAAAGCGUGAGUAAAAAGUAUGUAUUUGACAAGUCCUACUUUUAGGUUAAGUUUUGAUUACAUUACAUUGAUGGUUACAAAUAGUUCAAAAUUCACGUAUAAUAUUCGCGAGUAAUAGUUAUUUUUUUUUUUUUUUAAUAGAAAAAAGAACAAAGAAGGUAAAAAGAAAAAGCUGGUGGAAGUGACGAAAAUUGCAGAAGAAGAAAAAUUGAAAACGGUAGAAAUCAAAAAAACAAAAGCUGAGAUAGCGUUUCAGAAAAUGCAAGAAAAAAUGCAAACUGAACGUAUAAAACAAAAGGCCUCAAUGACACACAAACAACGAGUAGAAGAGUUUAAUAGACAUUUAGAUAGCUUAACAGAACACUUUGAUAUACCAAAAUUACGAUCCAAGGAUUACUUCCAUCAUCGAAAUACAUGGGACAUUGAUCACGUUCUCUUUCAUAUUCCUAAAUUUGAUCAUAAAAUAUAUAUAGAAUUACACAUAAUACAUUAA